GGGAGAAUCGUUGAACACUGACUCUGUUCAUGAAGUUUGGUGCCACGUAGUUAACCUAAAAAUACUGUUAUAGUGUAAAGUUUAUGAAUAUGAUUAAAGGAACUGAUUUGCAAACUUCGUGAGGAGGCGUUGUAAGUUAAUUUAAUACAAUGAUCUUGUUUUCCAUUUGCUCGUUAUUGUCGUUUGUAAUUAUGCUAGCCCAUGGAGGCAAACUACCCGACCCCGAAGUCAAAAUUGAAGUUGUCCAUAAACCUCUCAUGUGUCACCGAAAGACAAAAUAUGGCGACAUGGUCCUUGUCCAUUACGAGGGAUACUUGCACAGCAACGGCACCAUGUUUCACUCAAGCCGCCUUGAAGGUGAUAAAAAUCCGGUGUGGUUCACUCUCGGGACCCGAGAGGUGCUCCUGGGCUGGGACAAAGGUCUGCAGAAGAUGUGCAUUGGAGAACGCCGGAAACUGAUUGUCCCCCCAUCUCUGGCAUAUGGAAAAGAAGGGAAAGGAAAGAUCCCUCCAAGCAGCACUCUGCUUUUUGACAUUGAGGUCAUCGAUAUCCGCAAUGGGCCGAGGUCGCACGAUACCUUCCAGGAGAUGGAUCUCAAUGAUGACUGGAAGCUUUCCAAGCAGGAGGUGAAGGUGUAUCUGGAGAAGGAGUUUGCAAAACACGGCUACUCGCCAAACGACACGCAUAAUGAAGCCAUGGUGGAGGAUAUCUUCAAAAACGAGGACGAGGAUAAAGACGGUUUCAUCUCGGCCAGAGAAUUCACUUAUCAACACGAUGAACUGUGAAGGACACAUUUCAUCAACACUUACAGGCUGAAUAUGUACUUUUGCUUUUAACGUACUGUAUGUUCUGACCUCCGAACUUGGGUUGUUGACUUGAUUUUGUGAAUAUUCAUGUGCUCAGUGAACAUGCACUGAAAAUGUCACCACAGAUGUAUUUAAAUGGGUAAGUUAUUUUUUUCCCGUGAAAUAAACAAAAUAUUUACCUCUGAAA